UGGCGUUCAACGUGGUGUGCAUCGAUCGUUUUGCCAUGGCUACUACUACCGUGACUGUGAUUGGUGCAGAGUUGCGGCCCCAGAGCCCGCGCUGGGAGUCGGAGCCUAGAGCUGGGCCCGAUGCCGAAGAAAGGAUGCCCGCGCGGAGUUCUUUGCUUCUGGUCCUGUAUUUUGCCAUGCUGACCAACGUCAACGUGGUGAUUACUAUCCCCACGGCCCAUGACUACGCAGAGCGGUUGGGGGCGGACAACAUGUUUGCGGGGCUCAUGAUCGGCCUGGUGCCGCUGUGUGCCAUCAUCGGGUCCCUAGCGAACAAUGAGCUGAUGAGGGUUCUGCCUCUGAAGACCGUCUGGGUCGUUUUGUGCCUGGGCAACGUGGUGGGUUGCGUACUCUAUGCGCUCGCGGGCUUGAUGCGCUUCAAAUGGACGUUGCUCUUUGCCCGAGGCCUCGGUGGCCUGUGCAGCUGCUUCAACAUCCCUGGGCUUUACAUCUCCCUGACCGUGGGCACGAAAAGGCGCAGCGAGGUGCUGUUCUAUUACGCCGCCAUGCUGACCUUCGGCUGUGCCGUGGGCCCCGCCCUGGCCGCCAUCCUGGAGGUGUUCAUGAAGUUUACGAAGAUCAACAACCUGGUGCUGGACUCCGACACUAUCCCCGGGUGGUUCAUGGCGAUGGUCUACCUGCUCUUCGCCGUCAAGGCGCUCAUCUUGCUGGAGGAGCCCCCAACCUUGCGGAAGUCCAACUUGCCGCAGCGAGGCGCCAGUCACAGCAGCGUCGGCAGCCGCAGCAGCGGCGGCAGCGACGACAGCCAGAAGUCACGGGUGACCUGGCAACAGGCAGCGGCCUGCUGCGCCUGCUUCUGGCACCUUUGCGUGGGCUCUGCAGUCAACACCGGAGUGGAGGUCUAUGCGGUGAACACGCUCCAACAGGUUCUAGGUUGGUCUAUCUCUAGCAGCGCCCUCUUCGUGGCCGUGAUCAUGCUGCUCUGCGGGCUGUUCAACGCCAGCCUGGGGCGGCUGCUGCGCUUGGUGCCCUGCAGCGACAGCAAGGGCCUGGUGGCGGGGGACGCCUCGGCGUGCCUCGCCUGCGUGCUGCUCUUCCACUUCGACGUGCACGCCGUGUCGGGGCAGAUCUGUUUGAUGGCUCUGGGCCUGCUGCUGGUGCUCAUCGUUUGCUGCCUGCUGCGAGCCUUUGCGAUGAGCAUCGCCACCAAGGUGGUGCCGGACAGCUUCACGCAGACGGUGGCCACCUGGGGCGCGCUGGCCAUGUCCCUUGGCCGCGGAGGCGGGGCGCUCGUCGGCGCGGCGCUGGACGUGGACUCCUUCGCCCCGGUGCUGCUGUGCCUCUUCGCCUCAACUUUCAUGGUGGGCCUGGCCUCGCGCCAGCAUAUGAAGACGGAGCACAAGGCGAGCUAGGCGCGAGGCAACGUCCCAACGUCCACGUAGCCUCCAAGUUGAAUUCGCGAAGUCCGGGUAGGGACCAAAGCUGUAAAGAGUUCCCAGCCGCUUUUGGCCGACCGAACGGUCGGCCUAUUCGCCGGGCUGCGCUGCCUGUUUACAUGAAAGCUGCGAUUCAAGUAUAGGGGAAGAGACU